AUGGCCGCUGAAGAUGUGCGGCUCAAAGAUUUGCUGCCGGACCGCGAGGAGGUGAUCGCCUUUGCCUUGAACCACUCCGGGGAGGCUCUGAUCCUAUCCGUCUUUCUGCUGGUAGUUGGCUUCGAGAAGGACGUCAUGGCCAGUCUGCAACUGGGCGCCUGUCUGGUGCUCUUGCUGCUGUCCCCUGGCUCCGUCGAGAAGACCGCUCGGCCCAGCCAAGUCUUCACCGCCAGCGCAGGCGCUGCCUUGCUGCUCCAACUGGUGGGGAUGGCGGACUUGCGAUGGAUCGACAACAAGAUCCUUCGCUACUUUGGCCUUGCCUUCGAUGCGGGGAUUGUGUGCCGACAGCUCUUCAUCAUCAUUUUGGCGAAGAUCGACGAUCUGCUGCACUCCCUGUCCCACGCCGAAGCUGCGGACGAGCUGGAGAUGACCGACCUGGGGCCCGAACAGCCUGCAGGAACCGAAGGAACCGAAGGAGAACUCCCAGCUGCCUGGCAGCGUGCCCUGAGGCCGCAGGUGGACCCCGUGACGGAGGCGCGCGACCUGCUGCUAGGGGCCCCGCAGAUGGCAGCGGUGGCCAUCGUCUUCGUAGCUUCCAUGAUGGAUACGGUCUGGUGCUUGCCGUCCUUGCUGACGGUUGGGGCCUUCUACAUUAGUGGGGACAUGGUUUUGCCUCCUCAGCCAGGGGAUAAGCUGCCGGAGCGUGCCAAGAUGUGGAUGAAGGUGAUGAGUAGCUCCCUCUUCUUCGGCAUGUGUGGGGAGCUGGGCGCAGUUCUGUGGCUGCCACCCUUGCCAGGCCUGCCGCCGAAACCCCGUCCCUUCGACAUUGGGUCGUGGGACAUGUGCAGAUUCUACGACCCCUGGAGCCCAGAACUGGAGCGGAAUCUGGACGGGGUACCCUGCAUCCCCGGCACAGAGGACUGUGUCUCGCAGAGGGAGCGCUGCGGGCGAGAUGUGCAGAACUGGCUAUGCCUUGCCAGUGGCCUUCGCGUGCAGGAGUUCUUGGUCUUUUUCGUGAUGUGCUGGAGCUUGCGGAGGGAGAACCUGCCACAAACGGAGCGGCCCAGGUGGGUGCGACGCACCAUGGCCUUUGUCUCCACACACCUGCUGGAGCCCAUGGACAGGAGGACUACCAUGAUGAACCGGGAGUCUAAGCUGAAGCUGCUGCUGAUGCUUUUGGCAACCUUGCUCACCUGGCUCGCUAUGUGCGCAGCAUUCCUGACACAGCGCCAAGACAACAUCGUUGCGCUAGGGUACCUUUGGCUGGGACUGGUGUCUACCAGCUCGGUGAGCAAUGCCACCCUGUACUCGGACCCGGUGCGGGCGGUGCUGUGGCCCGCCCGCGCCGUGGGCGCCUUCAGCUUCGGGAUGGUCCUGGCCUCCGCGGUUAUGAUGAACCCCUUUUAG